UUUUUGAUAUUUUGACAUUCUUAUUUUGACAUUUCAUUCAUUCACAUUCACAAUACCAAUCUGUGAUUGCCGUGCAGCUUUUGCUUUUUUAUUUUUUGAUGACUGUGAUAUCGUGCAAGUGUGCAAGUGGUGCAAACUGCAAGAUCAAAUAAGAUUCGAGUCGAUUUUCAUUUAAUUAAACAAAACAUGUGAUCGUACCGGCGACUACCCUGAGCUCGAUGUACAUAGCUCACGGCGGUAGCGAGCGAGUCGAGACAUGGCCAGCGCGCCCCCGAACACGUACGAGCAACAGCUGUACAGUGUGUUCAAGACCUUCGACGUAGCCAACGAGGAGGCGCUCGACCGGCGCGCCGUGCUACAGCUGUGCGACACCUUGCAGCUCGAGGAGCGCGGCGCUGCGCUCGUCGACACGCUGUUCGAGCGCCGCGCCGAGCGCGUCACCUUCGCGCAGUUCCGCGGCGGCCUGCUGGCGCUGCUGGACCCCGCGGCGCCCGCCGCGCUGCCCCCCGCCGGGCCCGCCGCCGAGCACAGCGACGACGACUCGUCCGGCCGCGAGGUGGCCCCCAAGUUCGUGUUCGGCUCUAAGAAGUACGGGCGCCGCUCGCGGCCGCAGCGCGCGACCGACGGCGCCCCCCGGCCCCGCGGCGCAUCCGAGCCGCGCCUCGACAGCCGCUCCCGCCGGCUCGCGCGCGCCGAGCGCAGCUCCUCCGCCGCAGACGGUCGCGACGACGACGCGCCCGCGCUCGACCACGAGCGGCCGCUGGACCGAGCGCGCGCGCUCGAGCUGUGCCGCGACCUGCGCCUGGCCGGCGUGGACCGCGCCCUCGUCGAGCGCAUCUUCGACGCGUCGCCCGGUGAGAUGUCGGCGGGCGAGUUCUUCGAGCGGCUCGACGCGGCGCUCGCCGGCUCCAUCGCCGCGCUCGACGAUGCGGGCGCGGCCGACGCCGUGCUGGCGGCCGCCGCGGUGGCCGAGGCGUGGGAGCGCGCCGGCGUGCACCGCCCGCGCCGCCUGCUCGCCGACCUGGGCUUCGCCGGCGCCGCGCUGCGGCCGCGUGACCUGGAGCGCGCGGUGGACGACGAGCUGCGCGCGCUGGGCGCCGAAGGGCCGCCGGACGCGCGCGCGCUUCUGCUGCAGGCUGCGCAUGCGUUGGCGCGCCUGCGUCUCGAGGCGGCCGCGCGCCAGCUGAGCGCCGCCCGCGCCGAGCGCGACAAGUUGCGCGACGACCUGAGCGAGGCCGACCGGCGCGCGCGCUUGCUCGCGCAGGACGUGGACGACAACCACGCACGCAUCGAGGCCGAGCUGCGCGCGGGCCUGCGACAGGUGGAGGCGCGCCACGCGGACGCCGCUCGCCCCGCGGCCGCGGACGCCGCCGCCGAGCGCGAUCGUGCGGCGGAGCUGCGCCGGCGGCUGGACGAGGAGAUGGCGCGGCGCGCGGAGGUCGAGGCGCGAGCGCGCGCGGAGAGCGGCGCGCUGCGCGAGCGGGUGGCGCAGUUGCAGGAGCGUGCGCAGACGCUGGAGGAGGGGGCGGCGGCGGCGGCGCGCGAGGCGGCUCGUGCGGCCGAGGAGGCGGCGGGCGCGGCGCGGCGGCUGGCGGCGCAGGAGGAGCGCGCGCGCGCGGCCGACGCGGCGGCGGAGGCGCGGCUGCGGGAGGCGCGCGAGGAGGCGCAGCGGCUGCGCGACCGCAACGACGAGCUGGUGGCAGCGCUGGAGGCGAGCGCCGGCCGCGCCGCCGCCGCCUGUGAGCGCGCGCCCACGUGGCGCGAGGAGGUGUCCCUGCACGCGCCCCCGUCAGGAACGAGCGAGACUGCCGUGUCGUCGUCGCUAGCCAAAGGAGACGAGCUCUCUCUGAGCGCGACAAUACUAACGAUUCUCGAUAGCGAAGAGUCGCCUGUGCCGGCCAACAGCGCGUGUCCGCGGUGCGCCGCCGUGCGCGCCGCCGCCGCCGCCGCCGCCGCCCCCGCCGCCGGCUGCUCGGACGCGGACGAGGCGGACCACGACAAACGCAACAUGGAAAGUGUUAUCAAAGAGCUGGAGGCGAGCCUGGAGCAGAUGAGGGCGGAGUACGAGCGCUGCGAGGAGUACUGGCUGGCCAAGCUGGACGAGGAGCGCGAGCUGCUCGCCGAGGAGCAGCGCGCCGGCGACGAGCGGCUGGCGGAGCUGGUGGCCAAGAUCGCGGAGUACGAGCGGCAGUUCGCGCGCGCGCCCGCGCUGCCCACCAUCGACGAGAGCGCGGCGCUGGAGCGGCAGGUGGCCGACCUGGAGCUGGAGUUCGGCCGCUGGCGCGCGCAGGCCGACGAGCAGCGCGCGCGCGCCGACGCCGAGCUGGCGCGCGCGCGGCGCGAGCUGGACGCGGCGCGCGCGCGGGCCCCCGCCCCCGCCGCCUGCGUGUGCGCCGGGCGCGGGCCGGGCCAGCUGCGCGCGCGCGCCGCGCGGGCCGAGCGCGCCGCGCAGCGCCUGCACGCGCGCCUCGCCGCCGCCGACCUGCUGGUGAAGGACCUGUACAUCGAGAACUGCCGCCUGGCGCACCUGCCGCCGCACCCGCGCUUGCCCUGACCGCGGCGCCGGCGCGCACCCCGCGCACCCGGCGCACCCGGCGCACCCGGCGCACCCGGCGCACCCGCCGGCCGCCGCUCGUACGAGUUGAAUGUUUAUUGCAAUAAAUAAAUAUCGUAAACUUGUAGUCGGCCACCGUGCGCCGCCGGCACUGUGUUACUCGUAUGUUAGGCGUUACAUAUUAUCUGUGUAGUUGUGAAGCGGCCGCCUGUACGCAUGUGCCACUGUCCACACACACGUGUUGUAUAGAAGUGGUGACCGGCGUGCGCUGAGCAGAACGAAUAAUAUAAUUAUGUACAUUCGAUUCCAUAGUUUAUUUAAGUCAGCUGAAAGCUGUUCAUAUGUAUUAUAUUGUAGUAGACGCGUACAUCGUGUACGGACGCGCUCAGGUGGACCAAGUGCCUUCAUUGUACAGGGUGUCCCGUAAUUAAUGGAUCAAACGCAAAUAGUCGAUACACCAUUGAAUUAUCUAAAAUCAAAUUUGAAAAAAUCUCUCCGAUGACCAAGCUAUAUUUUUUUUUCAGAUAUUCAAUUAUUUUUAUAUUGAAUCAGUUUUUCAAUGCUGUAGCUGUUGCAAUUGAUAUUUUAAAUAUCUGAUUUUUGUAAAACAUUACGGACUGAGUUACUUUGACACUAUUUCUAUAAAAAAAUUUGUUUUGUAGAAAAAGCUUUUAGUGCAAUAUUUAUUUUUCUUUCAUGAAGAUGAGUUGAGAAAAAUGUAUAAAACUGAAGUGUACGACCAAGUCGAUACAAAUGACUGUAUUAGUAAAUUUAGGCAAGUAGGCAGAUAUUGUAAUACAUUUUGAAGAAAAAAGAAUGUUCACACUGAAAAUUAUUCUUGUAUCAUAUUCAGCACCUCUAUGCAUUUUCAUCAACAAUUGUGUAAGUACAAAGAGUAGCCACAAGUUACGCACCAAUUUACAAACCUUUAUCGAGGUUUGUAAAUUGGUGCGUAACUUGUUGUGUUGUUCAUGCAAGUUUUCAAAAUGAUGGUAAACUUCAAUUCCAUAUAUUUUUUUAAAGGACAAUUAUUUCCAAUCGGGCCUGUAACAUAAAUCAGAUUCUUGAAAUAUUAAUUUCAUUCAAUAAACUGAAAGUAAGUAACGUAAGAAAAGUAUCUUGGUCACCCUAGGGAUUUUUUAAAAUUUUGGAAAACUAGACAAAUUAGUUUUAGAUAAUGAGUUGGUGUAUUAUACCAUUUGCGUUUUGUUCAUUAAUUACUGGACAUCUGUAUACUAAUAAUAUUGUAUGAUGUGAAUUGUACACAUGUCACUACGUGUACACUGUACACAUGUCACUGUACGUGUACACUGUACACACAGGGACCGCGUCGCGCCUCGCGCGUUACCUUGACACUAAAACAUCCCUAGUGAAGUAUGAACGCGUUUCACAUGCGCAAUGGUUUAUAGUGGUUCCGUGUAAAUAAACUAUUGCAGCUGCUGUGAAAAGCAUUUUAGUUUAUAGUUGAGUUUGUAGCAAACGAAAGCCGUGCUACAAACUUCAUGCCGUUUAGGUAAAUCUUUUCGCUUCGCCGCUCAACGGCUCGAAAUCCGCAAUUACUACUUAUUGUAGAAAUUUAUACUAUUUUGUGUUGUUGCCUACAUAAUAUGUAGAAUCGUGUCACUCUGCGUCUCUGACAGGUGGCCGAUGUAACAUGUGAGAGAGAGAGAAACCAUUAGAAACGCAAUCUCUGAGCGUCCGGACUGUAGACACGGAGUGCCCUCGUCUCAGAUGUCACAGUUACUAUUAUUAUAGGUACAAGUUAAAGAAUAUAGUUGUAGAGGAGUCCGCUGUAAAACACAUCCACCGACAUAACGCUCCCCCUCCCCCUCCGCGUGCUACCCACAUGUGCACCCCGACACUUGUGCAGUUCUUCACAGUGUUGCUGUGUACAGCUUCAAUAUAGCUGCCAUUGCAAAAGAAUAUCACAUUAUAGGUAUGUAACCAACCAGCUAUAUAGUCAAAAAGUAAUCAGCUGAAAUGUGAUGGAAUUCGCGUCAGCCAGUCACAUAAAGAUGUGAAAAAUAAAAGGUAUAUCAAAUAAUGAUGAAAUAGUAGAUUGUUUAGGGCCCGAACCGUAAGGCGAGGGCGUUAAAUAGAAACAAGAGUUAUAAUUGUCUUUGCACCGCGUGUUGCACUCUACUUUUCACUUACGAGAAAAUAAAAUAAUUAUAAAUAAAUAAAUAUUGUUAUUGUUUCACUUUCAAUACAGAUUUAUUGUUAAAAAUCAUUACAGUAUAUUUUUUUACUGUUAUUACCUUUUCUUCCAUCUUUAAACUAGGGUCAUCAUUCUGUUCAGUUGCUGUUCUCUAGCUCAGUUAGUUGUAGUUGACUCGGCGCCGAUCCGGUCGCCGGCGCGCCACCGAAUCGGCGCCGAUAUGUAAAUGUUAACAUAUUAACCAUUAUAUUCUGCAUAAGCAGGUUUAUUAUACUCGCCGCCGGGCCACUGGCAGCUAAUCGUGCGAGUGUGUCGCUCGUGCGACGCGGCUGUGGCCCUCCGGUAAUCGUUUGCAGCGAUCGUCCGCCGACGCCGCGCCGUGCCAGCGACUCGCCACCAAGUCAGGUGGAAGCUUAAAGCCAGACAAAGGAAAAAUAUCAAAAUGUGUUUACCUAUAUUUAAUAUAUUUAUCAUCACCUACAUUCCUAAGUCUGGAAGCGUUUGUGACUCGAUCGCGCGUGGUCGUCUUGUGAUUCAGAUGCACGGACAAUGUAAGUAAAUUAAAUAAAUGUUGAUCAAA